UCCCCUGUGUUGUGAUGUAAAAUAGUCAGUGGCGAAGCAGCUCGAGAGAAACUCCAGGUCACAGUGAACCGGUUUCAGAGAAAGUUUUCUGUGUGCAGUGAAUCUGGUUGUAACUGAUAGGCUGAAGCAUGCAGAACUACAGAGAGGCCGUGAAGGACUUUGUGGACAACCACAAGGUCGGUCUCACGUUUGCUGUCAUCGCAGCUGCUGGCGCGCUGACCUUCCGUAGAUGGAUGGCUGGCAGAGUUUGCUGUAGCAAGGUCAGGCUGGAUGGGAAAACAGUCCUGAUCACAGGAGCCAACACUGGCAUUGGGAAGGAGACGGCCCUGGACAUGGCCCAGAGAGGGGCCAGAGUGAUCCUCGCCUGCAGGGACAUGACCCGAGCCCGCAUCGCCGCCGACGAGAUCCGUCAGAAAAGUGGUAACGGCAAUGUGGUGGUAAAGAAACUGGACCUGAGCUCACUGCAGUCCGUCAGAGACCUGGCCAAAGACAUCGGGGAGAGCGAGGACCACUUGGACAUCCUCAUCAACAAUGCAGGUAUCAUGAUGUGUCCAAAAUGGAAGACCGAGGACGGCUUUGAAAUGCAGUUUGGUGUCAACCACCUGGGUCAUUUCCUCCUCACCAACAGUCUCCUCGACUUGCUGAAGAAGUCGACUCCAAGUCGCGUUGUCAUCGUCUCCAGCAUGGCACACGAGAGAGGUCAGAUACACUUUGAUGACAUUAACCUGGAUAAAGACUAUAACCCUAAGAAGAGCUAUGGCCAAAGUAAACUGGCCAAUGUGCUCUUCGGCAGAGAGCUGGCUGCAAGACUGGAAGGCACCGGUGUGACAGUGUACAGCCUUCACCCUGGGGUCAUCCGCACAGAGCUAGGCCGCCACAUUUUCCCCACCUUAUCACUGUUGGUGAGGAUCAUAGCAAAGCCACUUACAAUGAUGCUCAAAAGUCCCUGGGAAGGAGCCCAGACCACCAUCCACUGCGCUGUGGACGAGAGCCUGGCAAACGUCAGCGGCCUCUACUACAGUGACUGUGCUCCCAGAACGGCGGCGCCACAGGCCCUGGAUGACGCCGCAGCCAAAAAGCUGUGGGACCUCAGUGCUUCUAUGGUCGGUCUGGCAUAACCAUCAUCAGCAUGCACUGCUUUUAUGACCUACCAACCAUGUUUACAUAAGUAAAUUCAUUUUAUUAUCUAUUCUGCAUUAUAGGUCAUUGCAGUAUCACUAAGAUUUGAUGAUAAGUAUAAAUUGCACUCUUUAUAAAAUCUCCUUAUUUACAUUUAUAGACCAGUAUAUAUAUUGAAAUCUUUUGUGUUGGUUUACAAAACAAAAUUAUGCUUGUUUUUCUAAUCUUACAUCUCAGGUAGUUGUUUGCAUUUGAAUGAGCAAUUCCUGUUAUACAGUUCACUUCAAACAUGUUUGCGAUUGGAAUGCUAAAAUGGUCAUUGCCAAACAAACCUUUUUUUAAUCCAUAUGAUCAGUGCUGCAGACUCCAGGAGACGCUCAAUGCAUCAAACUACUGUGUUUAUUAAUGGCACUUAACAGUAAUUACCAACAUACAGAUGAUUGUAAAGUUUCUGCUACAUCCUCACUGCAGAGACACAGACACAAAACAUGGAAAACAAAAGAAUAAUUUCCCAAAAAACUAAAAUGUUAGGAGGAUGACAGCCUGUAUGUGUCCAGGUUUAACAGGAACACUUUGCUGAGCGGUGAAAGUGACCUCAGGUGGUGAGAAGAUGGUUUUCCCUCAGAGGAGGGAUCUUCUUUAUAUACGGUGAAUGCUGCUUGUUUUUGGAGUUGGUUUUUGAGGUGAGGAUUACAUUAUCUGCCUGUAUUGACAAAUUGUACAACAGCUUACAUCACUAUUGCAGUGCUCUUGAAAUAAAUGUCUGAUUAAGA